CGUCUCGUCACCCCUCCACCUAGCUCCUCCUGCCCGCUCCGACGAAAGAAGUCGAUUCCGAAAUCCCUCAAUUGACUCGACUAUCGCCAUCGCUGGUCGACCGGAUCGUUUUGAACUCGGUGCUCCGUACCAUCAACCCUUGCUUCGUCGCCUCAGACAGGGAUCCUCACCCGCCACCGCCUGUUUCUUAUUGCUCAGCACGAGGUUUCUCCAAACCUCAACAGAUAACGACCAUAUUCACAAUGUCUGCUCGCCCAUUGUCAUCCUGCCUUCGCGCCCGCUGCGCUCCCCUCCGGGCUCAGAAUGUCCAGAGCUUCUCGACCCGAAGCAACCUCCGUGCCGCCGACCACGGUGACCACUAUGAUCCCCCGACCGGAUACCUCUUCGGCUUGAAGCCCGGCCAGAAAUACCAGAAGGAGGGCUGGGAGAACAUUUGGUACUACGGAUUCAUCGGCAGUCUGCUCGUCACCGGUGUCGCAUAUGUUUUCAAGCCCGACACUUCGAUACAAACAUGGGCUCUUGAAGAGGCUCGCCGGCGGCUGGAGGCUGAGGGCAUCUUGGAGGACCCUGAUAAGGCCCAGCGCAAGUAAAGCGCACAAGUCACAAUUCUCCCUUGUACUUUGUACAUAGAUUGGCCGGGCAUGAAAGAUGAUGAUUGAUUGAGUGGGUUACACGUGUCAUCAGGCACAUACCGGUCCGAUCCUAGACAGGGCUUUCCAUUUCACUGCUGGCUUUUCUUUCCUUUCUUGUUACCUGCGUGUAUCUUGUCACCUUAUAUCCUUUCAUUGGCUUGCUUUAUGAAUUCGGGAGCGGAAGAGAAAAUAAACCAAGGCUUUCUGAUGAAAUCUACCUCAUGCAAAUCACUUUAGGAUACUUUCAAUGAACCUCCCUCUCC